AUGGAUUACUUCUCCGCGACGAGAUCUCCGUCUCCAUCUCCCGAGCUUCAGCUCCCUGAAACUCCAAAGGCGAAAAAGGGUUCCGCAAAGAUCACGCCAAGCAAAGUAACAAAGCGCGGCCGCCCAGCAAGUACUCCUGGUAUCGCAGGCACUCCACCAUCAGCUCGAGGACUCAAGAACUCUCCAGUACCAAAGACCAAAGCCGAAAUCCAACCGUACGACCAAUUGGUUCUCGAUUUACGAGCAGCCAACCCUCCGACACCAUGGAAAGAGAUCGAGGUCCUCUACAGAGAAGCGGGCGGUAUAACUACAGGUGCUCAAGCUCUCAAGAAUAAUCGAUACCCACUCCUCAAGGCUGCCGCCAUCGAAGUCACUUCUGCAGAUAUUGCAAAUUUGAAAACAUCGGAAGCCGCGAUCAGCGAGGAAUGGGAGAAAGAGAGAUGGGGACGUGUUGCUGAAUACAUGAAAACUCAUUAUGGGUCAGAGUGGGAUGCCAAAUUCGUUAAGAAGACCUUCGCUGGACUUCCAAAGACUACAGCUUGA